AUGGCAGGCGUCCGCGACCCAGCAUUCUGGAAACGCUUCUCCACUGCUGUGCACCUCGACGAGGAGAAUGCGAAUACCCUCAAACACAGCGACUCCUGGCUCGCCCGCCAAAACCGCAAACGCUCCCGCCGCACGUGCAUCUGCUGGAUCUUCUGGCUGUGCUUCCUGCUUCUUGUCGCGGCGAUUGUCGGCGUGAUUGUGUGGUUGGUGCAGAGCGAUCUUCUUGCGAGCGGGGAUGGGGACGAGGAUGGGGAGGAUGUGGUGUCGAGGCUGGUGAGGAGGAGUUUUGGGGGUGUGGUUGGGGGGCUGAGGUGA